UUCAUUUGUAAUGUUGUGUUUGAAAUUUAAGAUGACUUAGCAGUGGAGUUAGGUCAUGGAUUUUUCAAGGUUGUAUUCUUUAGUUUCCCCAUUUAUUUUAGAAAUGUGUUUAUUGUCUUCUCAGGGUUUUGGGACCAUGCAGUUUCGUGACUUAAAGGACAUCAUCUCGUUGCAGAGCAGAUGUUUUAUGGUCCACAUUGUACAAGUGUUGUAGGUAGAAUCUAGAUCUAUCUAGAUUCCCAUCUGUUCUAAAACAACAGCUAACUGACCACUGAGCAGUUUUUACUCUUUGCCCAAUUUUUUUACCUUAAGUAAUGCAUCUGGACAUUUUGAUUUUAGUGUUUCCAAAUGGUGUGCUCCUGCCCUGUAGCCUCCUUAUUUAGAUAAUCUAUAUGUUUCACCUUUGAUACACUUUGUAUCAAAUAACUUUAGGAUAUGGACUGGAUGGAUAUGGCAAAAGUUGUCUCACUCACUUAAGACACUUUCCACUGUGGUAGUUCAAAUGAAUUUGAUCUUUGAAAACUGAAAAUUCCUGCUAUUAGGAAAUUUAAGCUUCUGAUUUAAGAGGUGGUGCUCCAUAUAAUUAUAUUCUUUAAUAAGGCUGUGUGUUCUGAGUUGUAGUCCAAUUUUACUUCUCAUUGAACUGACAUUUACCUUGCUUUGUACUCUUUUAGACUUCCUCUAAUUUGUGGGGAAAACCCUGGAACGCUCAAUAGCUUACACCUAUCUUCAGUUAUUAUACUAUGCAGAUUUUUGAAAAAGUACCUGUAGUUCUGGUUGUUUUUAAUGUUAAAUAAAAUUCAAAACAAACCAAACCAAAAGCCUUAGCAAUUUUUUUUUUUUUGAAAAUGCAACUGGGGUAUAGCUGGAGAUAGAUAAUAUCUCAUAUUUGGGAAGUUAAACUGCAUCUAGUUUUUAGCAGUGGCUCAUAACUGGGAAGAUUGAGUAUUUGUCAGUUUUAUGACUGGUAAAUGAAACACCAGCUCACACAUGUGAUUCUGUGAAUGACCUACUGGUGUUCUCUGUCAAACUCUUGUAGAGUCAGUAACGUUCGGUAGGAACAUAUUCCAUAUGUACCAGACAGAUACACACUAUUCCAUACUGUCUCUUCUGUUGUGUCUGUCUGAUUCUCCAUCUAACACCACCUAUGUGGAAAAACCAAGAGUCAAAGAAGUGGAUUCCUUUUUGAAUGAUCUCUGCACAUUCCCUCGGCGGUGUUUUGAAUGCACUUUCAGCCCAUUCCAGGAAUGUGAAUAUGAAGAGGUUAUCUCAAACAACACUAAUUACAAAAAGGAAGAAGAAUUCGAUUGGGGAAAGUAUUUGAUGGAAGGAGAAGAAAUUUACUUUGGCCCUGGCAUAGAUACACCAGAUUGGUCUGGAGAAAGUGAAGAGGAGGAAGACACUCAGCCUUUGAGCAGGGAGGACUCUGGUAUUCAAGUAGAUAGGACACCUUUAGAAGACCAAGAUCCAAAUAAGAAAACAGUACCUAAUGUUUCCUGGAAAGUCGGUGAACCUGAUGCCCGCAGCUGGCUGGAGCAGCAUGUGGUUCCUCAGUAUUGGACAGGAAGAGCACCUCGCUUUUCACAUAGUUUGCACUUGCAUUCCAACCUAGCUGCAGUCUGGGACCACCACUUGUAUACCAGUGAUCCUUUAUAUGUGCCAGAAGAGAGAACGCUGGUCACUGAAACUCAGGUUAUACGGGAAACUCUUUGGCUACUUUCAGGAGUGAAAAAGCUUUUUAUAUUUCAACUGAAUGACGGAAAAGUGGCCGUGCGGAACGAUAUUAUUGUAACUCAUUUAACCCAUAAUUGUCUCAGAUCUGUAUUGGAGCAGAUAGCAGCAUAUGGUCAAGUUGUCUUUAGACUACAGAAAUUUAUUGAUGAAGUGAUGGGUCACAGCCCAGAAAACAUAACGCAUGGAACAGUUUCCACUCCAAAGAAAACUACUGAAGCCCCGUUCAGAACCUAUCAAGCUUUUAUGUGGGCAUUGUAUAAAUAUUUCAUUAGCUUUAAAGAAGAACUUACUGAAAUUGAAAAAUGCAUAAUCAACAAAGAUAAGACAGUCACACUUUCAAUAGUAAUAGAUAAGUUGUCUCCCCGACUGGCACAGCUGAAGGUACUUCACAAAGUUUUCAGCACAGGAGUAGCAGAAGUGCCACCUGACACUAGAAAUGUUGUCCGAGCAUCUCAUCUGCUUAAUACUCUCUACAAGGCUAUUCUUGAAUAUGACAGUGUUGGAGAAGCAUCUGAGCAAACGGUAUCCCUUCUGUUCUCUCUCUGGGUUGAAACUGUGAGGCCAUACUUACAGACAGUGGAUGAGUGGAUAGUCCAUGGUAACUUGUUCGAUCCUGCAAAGGAAUUUAUCAUUCAGAGAAACAAAAAUGUUCCAGUUAAUCACAGAGAUUUCUGGUAUGCUACCUACACCUUAUAUAGUGUGUCAGAGAAGACAGAGAAUGAAGAGAAGAUGAGCGAUAAUGCCAGUGCCAGUUCUGGCAGUGAUCAAGCCCCUUCAAGCAGGCAGCACACUAUGGUCUCUUUUCUGAAACCUGUGCUAAAGCAAAUCAUCAUGGCUGGAAAAUCCAUGCAGCUGUUGAAGAAUCUUCAAUGCAAAGAUGGCUCUCCACAGCAGGCCGCAUCAAGAGAUGCUGAACGAAAGAGUUUGUAUACACUGUUCUUGGAAUCGGUGCAGUCUCGCCUGCGGCAUGGGGAAGAGUCUGUUCCAGAUAUUAUUACAGAACAGCAGGCCACAAAGCAGAGCCUGAUAAAGAUGCAGUCUAUAGCAGAAAGACACUUGGAACUGGAUGAUGUCCAUGACCCACUGCUGGCUAUUAAUUUUGCCAGAUUAUAUCUGGAACAGAGUGACUUUCACGAGAAGUUUACUGGUGGGGAUGUUUGUGUGGAUAGAUCGUCAGAAUCUGUGACCUGCCAGACUUUUGAACUGACAUUGAGGUCUUGUCUUUAUCCACACAUAGACAAGCAAUACUUGGAAUGCUGUGGUAAUCUAAUGCAAACUUUGAAGAAGGAUUAUAGGCUUGUAGAGUAUUUGCAGGCAAUGAGAAACUUUUUCUUACUCGAGGCUGGAGAUACAAUGUAUGACUUCUAUACAUCUAUUUUUGACAAAAUUAGAGAAAAGGAAACUUGGCAGAAUGUUGCUUUCUUAAAUGUUCAACUCCAAGAAGCAGUUGGGCAACGCUAUCCAGAGGACAGUUCAAGGUUGUCUAUAUUAUUUGAAAGUAUUGAUACAGCAAAGAAGAAACUGCCUGUCCACACCUUAGACGGUUUGACAUUGAGUUACAAGGUUCCUUGGCCUGUGGAUAUAGUUAUAAGUUUAGAGUGCCAAAAAAUUUACAAUCAAGUUUUUCUGCUCUUACUGCAAAUAAAGUGGGCCAAGUAUAGUCUAGAUGUUUUACGAUUUGAUGAACUAGUCUGUGCUGCAGAAAACCCACAGGUUAAGGAAGGAACCUUAUUAGAACAAGGAACGCUUCCUCUAUUUGGACCUCAAACAGAAAGUGUAAAACAACAAAUACAUCGCAUGUUCCUCUUAAGAGUGAAACUUAUGCAUUUUGUUAACAGCCUGCACAACUACAUCAUGACUAGGAUUCUACACAGUACAGGGUUGGAGUUUCAGCAUCAGGUAGAAGAAGCCAAAGAUUUAGAUCAAUUGAUAAAGAUUCAUUACAGAUAUCUAUCUACAAUCCAUGAUCGCUGCCUACUGAGAGAAAAGGUGAGCUUUGUGAAAGAAGCUAUAAUGAAAGUGUUGAAUUUAGUACUGAUGUUUGCAGACCGUUGGCAGGCUGGUUUGGGGGCUUGGAAGAUGGAAUCCAUAGAGAAGAUGGAAUCUGAUUUUAAAAACUGUCACAUGUUUCUUGUAACUGUUCUCAACAAAGCUGUGUGUCGAGGCUCUUUUCCUCACUUGGAAUCUUUAGCUUUGUCACUGAUGGCGGGCAUGGAACAAAGUUAACACCUGAAUCUGUUGAAAUACUAAAGAACUGAAAGCAGCAUUUAUAUUGAAAUUUCAGUGUUAAAAAACUGUAAGCAUUUUACACUCCAGUUUGAAAUGUGUAUAGGUAAAUGACACUGAUGGUUUGGAGCUGUGUAAAAUAUUUUAAAAUGUAAGUAAUGUACAGGUAUUUAAGUGUAUUGGUUGUGGGAGUAUUUUUCUCUGUAUGUAUAUGCUUCAACAUCAAAAAAUAUGUACAGUGUAAAAUUCAUCCUGUGUAAACAAUCUUACUUGAAAAAUACAUAAAAAGUAUUUCAUGCUGUAAAAAGGAUUUUUUUAAAAAAAUAUGAAUAAUUGCUGAUUUACUUUUUCCAUUAAUUUUGCUGCUAUCAGUAGGUCACAGAACAGUGUAGAGUGGUAUGACUUAUUAUUCCAAAGGUUGGUUGAGUUCAUUUGUGGCCUUUUUUCCUUUAGAAAAAAGGCUAAGAAGCAUUCGUCUUAUUUGCUUAAUGGUUCUUAAGAACUCUUUGGGAACAGUUGUGACUGUUACAAUAAACUGAUGUAAAAAUACAAGGUGAACUUCGAAAAAUGAAUUAUUGCAGACUAUCAGAUACCAAUAUUUUUUAUGUUAAAUGAUGAAAUGCUUACUAAUUUAGUGGUAGCUCUUGUCAGUUUAAGUAGGAUCAAGAUCACAGUGUGUAAUAUAUUAAUUUUAACCAUUGGCUUGUUGAGAUGUUUCAGAGGUGGUCAGAUAUGACUUGACUGUUCUCCUCCUAAGCCUUUUGCAAACAAACCUUACACCUAAUAGCUAAUGUCUUGUAAAGCAGUAGAUUGUAAUAUGGAAGGGUACAUUUCUAGAGAAAUAAAUGUGGAACAUAUUCUGCACAA